AUGGCGCUUAAAAGAAUCAAUAAGGAGCUUAAUGACCUCAGCAAGGACCCCCCGACAAAUUGUUCUGCGGGGCCUGUGGGAGACGAUCUCUUUCACUGGCAGGCAACCAUUAUGGGGCCAGAAGACAGCCCCUAUAGCGGCGGCGUCUUCUUCUUGAAUAUUCAUUUCCCUUCGGAUUACCCCUUUAAACCCCCAAAGGUGAACUUUACAACAAAGAUAUAUCACCCCAACAUUAACGGCCAGGGAGCGAUUUGCUUAGACAUUCUGAAGGACCAGUGGUCUCCCGCCUUGACCAUCAGCAAAGUGCUGCUUUCUAUCUCUUCCCUCCUCACAGACCCCAACCCCGAUGAUCCUCUAGUCCCUGAAAUAGCACACAUCUACAAAACAGACAGAGCCCGUUACGAUCAGACAGCUCGAGAGUGGUCUCAGAAGUAUGCCCAAUAG